AAGCAAAGUGUUCCACGUGAGUUUCUUCUUCCUUUCGCAGAGAUGCUGAAGGCGGCCGCAGGGAGGGAAAUGCAAGAUUAAGGCAAAUAAUUUCGCAUGCUGGGGAAAGCACGACUCCCGCAAUCUCUUCCCCUAACCGAAUUAUUAAGCUCAUUGAAGAGAUGCGCUCCGUGCACUGAGAGAUCCAGGUAGUGGAAUGGCAUCCGAAAUGUUUUCCAUAUCCUCUCCCCUUUGCAUUGGGAUGGAGACAGGUGCUGUGGAGUCACCUCAGGGACCAGUGACUUUUGAGGAGGUGGCCCUCUAUUUCACUGAGGAGGAAUGGGCCCUGAUGCAGCCCAACCAGAGGGCUCUGUACAGGGAGGUGAUGCUGGAGAUUCUUGGGAUGGUGACCACCUUAGGUUACGUCUGGGAGAGUGAGAACGAGGGAGCAGAGUUGGACGUGUCGUUGGAAACAGCCAAGGGUCAGUCUUGUGGGGAGAACUUGGAGGGUCGAGAUGGAGCAAAGAAGCAGGAGGAGAAACAAACUCAGACGCAGGGGGAGAAAUCUGCUGCUUGUCAGUAUGGUGACGCCCCAAAACAACACACAACGUGCAGAGGAAAGAAAGGUAUCAAGUGUGCCGAGUGUGGAAAAGCCUUCAGUUGCCAGUCAGCAUUUAAUCUGCACCAGAGAACUCACACGGGAGAAAAGCCUUACAAGUGCCCACAAUGUGGAAAGAGCUUCAACAGGCACGACAACCUUGCUUCGCACCAGAGAAUUCACACCGGAGAGAAACCGUACGCGUGCUCAGUUUGUGGGAAAAGGUUCGGCCACAGUGCAAGCCUUACUUCUCACCAGAGAAUCCACACAGGGGAGAAACCAUAUAAAUGUUUGGAGUGUGGCAAGAGCUUCAGCCGGUGCGACUCCCUUACUUCCCACCAGAGAAUCCACGCGGAGGAGAGACCAUAUAAAUGCGCCGUCUGCGGAAGGAGCUUCCGUCACAGCGCAAGUCUCACUUGUCACCAGAGAAACCACACAGGGGAGAAGCCAUACAAAUGCCUGGAGUGCGGAAAGAGCUUCAGCUGGGACAAGUCCCUAAUUGCACAUCAGAGAAUUCACACGGGGGAGAAACCGUACAAAUGCUUGGAGUGCGGAAAGAGAUUUAGGUGGAGCCGGCUUUUUACUGCACAUCAACGCAUGCAUGCUGGAGAGAAACUGUAUCCGUGUGCAGACUUCGACGAAAGCUUCUGCCAGAACGCAAAUCUGUCUUCCUAUCAAAGAAUCCACCCGCUGGAAAAGCUGCGCAAGUGCUUCAUGUGCGGAAAGAGCUUGAGUCAGAAUGACUCCCUGAUUUUGCAUCAAGGCUUACACCCAGGAGAGGAAAUGUACAGUUGCUCAGCGUGUGACAAGAGUCUAUCUUGCAAAUCGUAUCUUGUUAACCGUCACAUAAUUAAUGCUGGCGAGGAACAGUACGAGUGCAGAGGAAGUUGCGGCGCAAGCUCAGACCUUGCUUUCCAUCAAGCGGUUCACGCAAGGGAGAAAUUGUAUAAAUGUCUGGAGUGUGGGAAGAAGUUUGGCCGGAGUGAUCACCUUCGUAGACAUCAGAUUAUCCACGUGAGGCAGGAGCAAUAGAUGUGCUCACGCGGGUGGAAAAUGUUUGCUUUUGCAGCUCGCUUCUCCACACAACUCCAUAUAUAGCUAGUUGGGGGAAUCUUGAGGAAUGUCUGAGCUGUGGGGAAAAGUACUGGCGAUC